GUUAUCGUAUUUUCUGAGAUCUACGGGCGGGAGUACCCAUUUAUUCUCAUUGUUAAGGCAGCCGCCACCAAGCUUCGUAUAAAACCUUCCCCGCCCUCGAUUCUUGAAGAUAAUGCGAGCAUUCCUGCGAGGCGUCUUUUGUUUCCGACAGGGCAGCACUUCUGGACCUAGAUUGUCAUCCCCACAGAGACGCAACAUGAGCAAAGCUACUUCCGCAGCUUCAACGUCGGCAGCCCUCUAUUCCCUAGCCGUUGUGCUCUCCCCAGCGUCUGAGGGACCUGAGGAUGUUAAGGAGAAAGCUCACCAUCUCAAAAAUGGCUUUCAAAACCCCUGGGACUCAUGGCAAUCUCCGACAGUUGGUAACGCUCUUCGCAUGUGGGGGGGAAUCAUAACGGGGAAAAUCAAGUUCCCGGACGUCACGCCUCCUACAGUGCCUGUUCAGCAGCCCAAGUUUCUGCCUGAUCGGGAAACAUCUGGUCUGCGGGCGACAUGGCUUGGCCAUGCUUGCUACUACGUCGAAUUUCCCAAUGGCCUACGAGUUCUGUUCGACCCGGUAUUUGAGGACCGUUGCUCUCCGGUCUCCUUCAUGGGCCCAAAGCGCUACACUGAGAUGCCAUGCCGCAUCGAGGACAUCCCAAUUAUCGAUGCGGUUGUAAUCUCCCACAACCAUUACGAUCAUCUCUCUCAUCCGACCGUCAUGGAAAUAUCACGACGCCAUCCCAAUUGUCAUUUCUUUGCACCCCUUGGCAAUAAGGCGUGGUUCAGCAGCAUUGGGAUAGACAAAAUGACUGAGCUCAAUUGGUGGGACGAGCGAGACAUUGUUCUUUCACCCUCGCAUGAAUCAGUCACCGAGGCCGGUGCCGGUGAGGGCCAGAGUUCAAACCAGUCUAACAUCACAGCUCGCAUCAGCUGCUUGCCUUCGCAGCAUACAAGCAAUCGGGGUGUGUUUGAUCGAUCAAAGACCCUGUGGGCGUCGUGGGGCAUUGAAGCUGGAGGUCGGAAGCUGUGGUUUGCAGGAGACACAGGAUAUCGGAAUGUGCCAAUGCUUCCUGCCGGUACCGAUGAUCAUGCUCCGGAGUACGAUUUCCCCUCAUGUCCCGCAUUUAAACAAAUUGGUCAAUUCCGGGGGCCUUUUGACCUCGGAUUGAUCCCGAUUGGCGCCUACUCACCCAGAUGGUUUAUGAGCCCUAUGCAUGCGGACCCUGAUGAUGCAGUGCAAAUUUUCCGGGAUACCAAAUGCAAAAGAGCCAUGGCUAUUCAUUGGGGAACUUGGGUCUUGACAGAUGAAGAUGUCCUUGAGCCACCAAAGAAACUGAAGGAGGCGCUCACCAAGUAUGGCUAUCCAGAGGUCGGGGCAUUUGACGUUUGUGACAUCGGCGAAAGUCGGGAAUUCUAAUGGUCAUGUGCGCCUGGGAAAGUUUGGGGUACUUAUUCUACUUACUUUAAUAUUGCUGUACGAUAGCUGCAUGUUGAUCAUUGUGCGUGCACCCGGAUAGACGCUCACAACUCUAUAAUCCAUACAUAUCUUUCUUCCCCUCACCGUCUUUUUUUUAUACAUGUGAUGAGUCUCUAGAUCAACCCUCCGAAAUAGUCAAUGCUCCUAUCGAGUGCAAGGCCUCAAAAAGAGGCUCUGACCCAUGUGAUGGCACGGGCCU